AGUUUCUGUCGCAAGCUUGAACAGUUGUAAUUUAAGCAGCUAAAAAAAUUUUUCUCUUUUUUCAAAACUUCAAGUAAAACAAGGAAUUUCCAAAGACCUUGUAAAUUUUUUCAGUCAUUCUUGCGUUCAUCGCAUGAUUUCCAAAGUUGCUAAAGUCGCUAAAACUCUUUGUUCUAUUCAAGAUUUGAAAAACAGAUUCGAUUGGUUUCAAUCAAAUCUCUUCUCUUUCUUACAGAUGGCAAAACUCAUUGUUCUUUCCCUCAUUUUUGGCUUCGCUUUGGGUGAAUUCAACCUGAAGCCUUUAAAAACAAUUUAUCUUCCAUACGAAUUUGAUCAAAGUGGAUCGCCGCAGUUCGAUCUCUUUUCGGCUGCUGCCGAACAAAUUGGCUACCACUAUGGUACUAGGAAAGCCUAUGCUAUUGGUGGUGCUGGUCUUUUACACGUUGUUGAUCUUUCAUCUGUCAAUGAUGCUGAGUUAAUUCACAGUGAACAUGUUGACGGAGAGCCAAAUGACCUUGAUAUUUGUGGCAAUUAUAUUGCUUUGAGUGUCAGGAAUGACAUUAGCGUCUUACCUGGCAAAGCGGUCAUCUUUAAAGUUUACCAAGACAGUAGCAAAUCAAUGGAAAAAAUCCAUGAAAUCCCAAUUGGAAAUUGCCCUGCAAGUUCGAUAGUAUUCACAAAAGAUUGCAAAACUUUACUCGUUGCUAAUGAAGGUGAAGCUGGUCUUGAUGAGAACGGAAAAUUCCAUGACCCAGAGGGUUCAGUUACCGUAAUCAAUUUCAAAAACGAAAGUCUUUUGGAAUAUUCGGUUCGAACCGCUACUUUCCAUAAGUUUAAUGACAGGGCCAGCGAAUUUUUAGCAAAAGGUGUUAGGUGGAUCUAUAAAGGAGAGCGAUCGGGUGAGCAGUUAACCUUCUCCCAUGACAUCGAACCUGAAUAUAUAGUCCUUUCUGAAGAUGAGUCUAUAGCCUACGUUGUGCUGCAAGAAAAUAAUGCGAUAGCCAAAUUGGAUGUAUCAAAUGCUGAAUUUUUAGAUAUCAUUCCAUUAGGUUACAAAGAUUGGAGCCAAUCAGGUUUUGACGCUAGCGAUAAAGACGGUCGAAUUAAUAUCCAGAAGUGGCCAAUAAGAGGGCUUUAUCAACCGGAUGGCAUCCGCCUUUUUAAGCAUAACGGAAAGCCUUAUUUAGUUACAGCAAACGAGGGCGAUCUUAAAUCCUAUAAACUUAAGCACGAAGGUCUUACCUGGGCAGAAAUGGCGAGAGGUAAAGUUUUCGUAGACGGUAACAUGUUAGAUGAGAGUGUACCCGAGAAUAUGAGAGAAGCCUUGAGCGAUGAUAAAAAAUUGGGGCGUCUAUAUCUGAGUUUAAUUGAUGGAAAAAAUCCAAAAACUGGAUUAUAUGAGAAUCUUUAUGCUUAUGGAGGACGUUCGUUUACAAUUUGGGAUCCAGAAAAUGAAAUGGAAAAAAUUUAUGAUUCUGGAUCGGAUUUUGAAAAUUAUCAUGCUAAAAUUUUACCAGAAGUCUUCAAUAAUCAUGUAGGUGAUAGAACUCAUGCUCCUGAAGAUGAUUUUGAUGUUAGAUCUGACGAUAUGGGUCCCGAAGUGGAAGUUGUAGAAACGGCUCAAAUCGGAAACAAAACUUACUUUUUUGUUGGUAAUCAAAGAGUAUCUACAGUCAUUGUUUAUUCAGUUGAAAAUGGAAAAGCUUUGGUACCAAAAUUUGAAGGACUUUUCAGGCCAGGAGGAACUAGGAAAACCUGGCAACAACUGUUUGACAACAGGGAUGUUGGAGAUACAAAUACACAAGACAUGAAAUAUAUUCCCGCCGAGCUAAGUUCCAAUGGAAAUCCACUUCUUCUUGUCAGUGGAAGUCUCAGCGGAACAAUUUCAGUUUAUGAAAUACAAACCGGUCCUUUAGAUUGCGAUAUUUUUAUGUUGGAUAGUGAACCACUCAGUCGUUUAAAGAAAGAAACAAAUUCAGCUGUUUUCUACAUGGGAUUGGAAACUUAUUUGAGAUAA